UUCCAAGAUUCAUUCGCCACCGCAGUGACCGCACCACUUGACGUUUUCGAACAUCGUAUCGGCAGCAACAGCACCGUUAGUGUCCAGAUCAGGUUCUACCCAAUGCGGUAGAGCUCGCGACUGGUAGGAGGGCCCCGCACCUCAUCCUGCAACCCCCCCGGCGGCUGGCUAUAAAUGGGUCCUCAGUGCUCUUCUCCCGCGUGUCCUCAGUGCUCUCUCUCCCGUGUCGUUUCUUGGGCGAAAGUCAGAUUGGGUUGAGGAUCUCGCUGCUCUGUUUUGCUCUGGUCUGCUCUGGUUCUGCCUCUGUUUCGUUUCGGUGCGAGAAGAUGCUCGCUGCGGUGGCGGCCAUUGUGGUGGUGGGCGUCGUCGCCUACGCGUACAGGAGCGUGAAGCCUUCCCCUCCCAAAAUCUGUGGGUCUCCGGGGGGCCCUCCGGUGACGUCGCCCCGGAUCAAGCUCCACGACGGGCGGCACUUGGCGUACAAGGAGAGGGGCGUGGCUAGGGAGAGUGCCAAGUACAAGGUGGUCCUGGUUCAUGGGUUCGACAGCUCCAAGGACUUCUACGUGCCCUUGUCUCAAGAAGUGAUGGAGGAACUGGGUGUAUAUCUCCUGACAUUUGAUCGGCCUGGUUAUGGAGAAAGCGAUCCGAAUCCUAAACGCUCCGUGAAGAGCGAAGCAUUCGAUGUCCAAGAGUUGGCCGACAGAUUGGGCCUCGGAAACAAGUUCUACCUGAUGGGUGCAUCCCUCGGUACACAUGUGGUCUGGUCUUGCAUGAAGUACAUUCCACACAGGCUUUCUGGUGUGACUCUUGUGGUCCCGGUGAUCAAUUUCUGGUGGCCUUCUUUCCCUCCAGAUUUGGUCCAUGAGGUUUACAAGAAACAGCUCAAGAGGGACCAGUGGAAGCUCUGGAUCGCGCACCACAUCCCAGGACUAGUGUACUGGUGGAUGACCCAGAAAUUGUUCCCUUAUUCCUCCAUCAUGCAGAGACAUCCGAUUCUGUUUAACGAGCGAGAUGUCGCAACAGUACAGGCCAUGUCCAAAGUGCCGAAUCCUCAUGAGCACAAGAUUCGACAGCAAGGCGACUACGAAUCCCUCCACCGAGACAUUAAAGUGCACUUUGGCAAAUGGGAGUUCGACCCGAUGGAGCUGAACAAUCCGUUCCCUAAUAAGGAGGGCUCUGUUUCCCUGUGGGAAGGCUACAACGACAAGCUCGUCCCGUUCGAGCUGCAGAGGUAUGUCGCGAAGAAGCUGCCCUGGAUCAAGUACCACGAAGUCGCCAACGGGGGCCAUCUCAUGAUUCACGAACCCAGCUUAUGUGAGGCCAUGUUCAGGGAGCUUUUGCUCGGAGAAGUACCAAGUUUUUGAGUACGAACUCACUCCAGACUCAUCCGCAUUCCCACAAUGUCUGCCUUCUUUUUUUCUCGUUUCAAGUUCGACGAGACUCGAUGGUUCUCCACUAAAGAACCCUGUACCAUCUGAUGCUCGACCCGAGUUUCAUUCCGAGAAAUGCUCAUCUCCUCUGUGAUCUUACCGAGUGUGUUAUGUUCUUCUGCUAGCGUAGACGAUGAACCACCAGCUGUGGGAGACUUGAUAAGUUUCCAAUCUUUUCUAAAUAUCUUUUCAGCCUUUACUUAGAGCUCGGUUAGCAAAAGUUAGUGGCCAUCAUCCAUCAUGGGCUUAUCAACUUGCUUUCAACGUCUGUAAGUCAAGCAUUUAUAAGUCAAGGAAGAAACCUAUUCUUGUCUCCA